AUGGAGCAAUCACAAUGUGAUAUGUCUCGCAGCAGUGGAACCGCCACCAUUUCUGCAACAGAUAUGACAGCCAGUACCUCAGCGUCGGAUGUUCUUCCUUCAGCUAUAUCUAUCAGGCAACAACCUGUAUCCACCAUUUCACACAAUCCGGGGACACCAGUGCCCUUCCGCUGCUUUCCUGGUAGUAAAGCCAAACGUGUUCGGUUUUAUCGAAAUGGUGAUCAGUAUUUUAAGGGUAUGUGGUACGCAAUAUCGGUGGAACGAGUACGAUCCUUCCAAGCUCUUCUUGGUGACCUGACGAGAACACUAACUGAUGCUGUCAAUUUGCCUCACGGUGUCCGGUAUAUCUUCUCUCUCGAUGGUUCUCAUAAAUUAUCUUCGUUAGAAGAAUUUGAAGAUGGCGAAAGUUAUGUUUGUUCAAGUUCGGAGAUAUACAAAAGGGUUGACUACGAAAAUGCUCGCGAACCAACUUGGCGUAUAUCGCUGGCAGGUUCUUCUCCAACACCUUUGAUGGUGAAUUCACCCUUGAAGCAGGAACCAAAUGAUUUUGUUUAUCCAAGAAUUAUUACUGUUAUUAGAAAUGGCGUCAAACCACGUCGUGUUGUGCGUCAUUUAUUGAAUAAACGCACGGCAAGGUCUUUUCUUCAAGUGAUCCAGGAUAUAACAACUGUGGUUAAGCUUGAUAGUGGCGCAGUUCGAAAAUUAUAUGCACUUAAUGGCAAAGAAGUUACUUGUUUGGCAGACUUUUUCGGUGAAGAUGAUGUGUUUAUUGCAUAUGGAAAGGAAAAAAUGAGCGUUGAUGAUUUCUAUGUUGUUUCUGAAGAAUCAAAAAAACUUUAUAGUUUGCGAUCACGUGCACCCCGUGGUAAACCACCCCGAAGAAGAAUGCCGGCAAGAAAUGAAACAUUACGAGAAGAUCGUGCUGGAAGUGUGGUUUCUGAUUCGCAAAUGAGUCGGCAUCUUCCUUUACUUCUUGAUAGCGUAAUACACUUGGUUCGAUUAAUUGGUGAUGGUAAUACAGCUUUAGUUUAUGAAACAAUGUGCAAGAAAACUCGAGAGAGAAAAGCACUGAAAGUAAUUAGCUAUGAAAACGUUAUCGGAAAAGAAGAAUUGAUUAGGUCAGAAAUUGCCAUAAUGCGAAGGAUUUCACACGAGUUUAUCGUACAAAUGCACGAUUGUUGGGAAUUUGAAGGAUCAUUUUACUUAUCGUUGGAGCUUAUUACGGGUGGCGAUUUGUUUGAAUACCUUUGUCAGGUACGUCAUGUCACUGAACGAUGUGCUGCAGGUCUUUUAAAUUGUCUGGCAUCAGCGCUUGAUUAUUUGCAUAAUUUAAAUAUAGUUCAUCGUGAUGUUAAGCCGGAAAAUUUGCUAGUUUAUACUUGUCCACUCACGGGUGAUCUGCGAUUGAAGUUGGCCGAUUUCGGUUUGGCUGUGAAAAUGGCUAGCGAGCCAUUGAGAGUGAUCUGUGGCACACCAACCUACGUUGCACCUGAAGUCCUUGCAGAACUUGGAUACGAUUAUAAGGUUGAUCUAUGGGCGGCAGGCGUCAUCCUUUAUGUGCUUUUGUGUGGUUUUCCACCUUUCCAAAGUGCUAGUGGUAGUCAGGAACAGUUAUUCGAACAAAUUUUGAGUGGACGUUUCUCAUUUCCGCCACCUAUUUGGGAUAAAAUUUCGUAUUCUGCCAAAGGCCUUAUACAGGGCUUAUUGCAGCUGGAUGUUGAAGAACGAUUUUCGGCUUCGCAAAUCCUGGAAUAUCCAUGGAUCUUGGGUUGCGGUUUAGUAAGUGAUGAUUAUGAAAAGUUAAUGGAAGCAGCAGUAAGAGCCAAUAUUCAGAAAGAAGCGCAGAGAAAUGCUUUGGAAGAAAGUGAUGUUGAAUUCUUCUAUUCGAGGAGAACGAGUAUGGAUGAACUGAGCGAGAGUUCCCGUCGAAAUAGUUCGUUUGAAUAUUUACCUAACAAUGCGGUCAAUAUGAAUGAUGAAUGA